AUGUUACAUCAAUCACCUAUAAAUACAACAGAAUCAAUGUCCAUAUCGAUGCAUGAUAAUGCACAGUUUGUUCUUCCUGUUAACUGUCCACUUCAUCUAUUUAUUCGACAACAAAUGCACGAUUGUGGCAUAAUCACAUCGACUGCUCACCGGAAUUCGACUCGUUUGCGUCUUAUUGAGCCUGUCAGCUUGAUUGACGAUUUUAGUACAUGGCAAUAUGAUCAUUGGCAUGGCCUAUUCGAUUUGACAUUAGAACCGUAUGAAAGAGAUCACAAUAUUCAUUUUCCUGCUCGAUGGCAUCUGGCUGAUAAUGUUCAAAUUUACUGUCGUAUCAAAAACGAUGACUCAUCCCAGCCAACAUCAUCGUCGCCUACCGACAGCCCUCGUACGGCAUCACUUGACGUAUUCAUUCACGAUAUAUGUGAUCGGGAAAAUAAUGGCCGAGCUAACAAAUGGUUACGUGCACUUGACGAAGAAGACAUCUUUACAUUUGAACAUUUGACAAAUUUACGUCAAUCCGAAUGGGAUAAUAUUCAUUCAUUGCCAUUGAAUGCAAAGAAAAUAUUGAAAGAAGCCGUUGAUCGAGAACGAGAACAUGCUGCUGGCGAAAGACGUCAACGGAUAAUCAAUGAUCCGAAAGAUGAGAACAACGAACAGACAGAAUCCACAAAACCUUCAGACGAUUUUCCUUAUUCGUGCUCGGAGAUUAUUGCCAAUCUACAUUUGAUCAAACUCUUAAUUUGGCAUACAUUACGCGAUGACAAAAUCGUUCGAGAUCAUGGUGCUUUAUCUCGAAUUGAUGCUAAAUGUCUGGAUAUCGCAUUUGAAGAGAUGCGCACAGAAGGCUUUGCCGAUGAUGGUCUCUUUCCAAAAAUGAAAGAAUUCUUUCUUCCACUCACCAUUUCCGAGCAUGAAUUUCAUUUGAAACGUCAAUCAAGCGUCGAUGAACAUCUUGCUCACUUGAAAAGACGUGACCAGUUAUGUGCUGACAUGCAACAACGUAUGAUCAAGCGUGAUGAAAUAAUAGAAAGGUAUCAGAAAUUAGACGAUGAAAUUCUUAGGCUAACACAACGUCUCAAAGAUGCAGAGAACGUUUAUAUGCAGUCACGAACAAAAUUGGCUUCGAGUAAUGACUAUGAACAACAAACUAAAGCAGAAGCACUUCGUCUAUACCAUGCAAGAUGGGAGAGAGAUCAACUCCACCUCUAUGAACAAUUAAAUGAUGUUAGAAAAAGAAAAGAUGACUUGGAAAAGGAAGAAAAGAAUUUGCAAAAAGAAAUUGAAGAAGAUAAUGCACGUUUAAAAAUGAUGGAAUUCGAAUUGGAUGCACCACAUGAACAUCUCGGUAAACAACUUAUCAAACCUCCUCGUGGUCUUAUCAUGUAUGGGCCACCUGGUACUGGCAAAUCAGACAUAAUGAGUAAACUAGCUAAAAAAUUAGGCAUCUUAACUGUGGGACCACCGUUGGCAGCUGGCGAACUGAAUCGUCCACUUGUUGGUGAAAGUGAACGCAUAUUAAUAGCGUUAUGUACACGUUGUUAUCGAGUUCCUUAUGCAAUGUGUUGUAUUUCAAUUGAUGAAAUUGAUUCAUUAGCACCGAAACGAGAUGAAGAUUCAAGUGAAAGUAAAGUCGAUAAGAUCUCUGUACUUCUAUCACUUAUCGAAGGCAUCAAAGACGUACCUAAUCUGAUGAUUUUAUGUGCUACAAAUCGUUUACAUAUAAUGGAUGAAGCAUUUUUGCGUCGAAUGUCGGGCAAAUUUUUCAUGGGCCGUCCGUCAUCCGAUGCACGCAUUACCAUACUUAAAAGAAUACCUAAUUGGGCUCUCGAAUACGGACUAAUUGAUCGGCUCUCGAUUGCUACGACCAAUUUUAGUGGAGCUGCGGUCAAGGCCUUGGUGCAUGCGAUUACUGUCACAUGCAUGGCAGCCCAACGUACUGAACCGAACUACCGCCUUGACGAGAUUGAAGCACUUCAACUUGCCGAUCGUACUGCUCAACAAUAUCAAAUUUUCAUCGGUAGUGAAACCUUGCCUCGCUUACUUUUGCGAAAUAAACUCGACAGUGCGCGAUCUCGCACUUAUCAAUUAUCGACAAAUUGCAAAUAUACAGGACGAAUUGUAGUCGAUUUAUGUCAUCAUCGUAUACGUAUCGAAAUCUAUGGGCAAGGUUCAAAUGCCUGCAAUGAUAAACUAUCGAUUGUUGAAUACGAAUUGGAUGAAAAUGAAACAAAUGUUCAAACAUUGCUUGAACGCUUGACCGCUUAUGGAAAGAAUCGAAACGUUCAACUUCUUCAAUUAAUCGAUCUAAAUUUACUUGCAUCCCAAAGUGCCUAUGAUGAGAAGAAAGUCUAUGAAACAUUGAAAGAUCGCUAUGAUGAAUAUGCAGCUUAUGCACGUUCAAUGAUUGUCUAUGAUCUUGAUGCACUGGUCGGUGUUAACAAAUCAGAAGCCGAUUCGAAUAUGGGUCGAUCAAUUUCAUCAUCGGUUCAUAAUCAAAGUAUUUAUACGUAUGUAUUGGCACGAUUUCGUGAUCGUGCUAUGGAAGAAGGUCAACAUAAAGACAGGGAUAAUAUGGAACGAUGGUCUGUAGCAGUGAUUCGUGAAUCAUUUCUUUUACGUCAAUUUUGUAAAGAUGUUCAAUUUACACUUACACGUCAAGAAGAAGAAGAAUUAGAAUUAGAACGACAUAAAGCGGAAGAUCUUCUCAAAUGUGUCAAAUGUAAAGAUUUCUAUAUUGAAAAUGAAAAUAGAAUGGGAAGUUGUCUUCAUCAUGAUGGUUUUCUCUAUGAUAUAACAGCAGCGAAUCUGAAAAUUUAUACGCCAAGUGAAGCAUUGAAGUUAUUAAGUAAAAUCGAAAGUAAUGCUAUCAAAUAUCCUGAUCAACGUGAUAAAUUCGAAGUUCAAAAACAAAAAUUCAAAUGGAUAUGUUGUGAUGUAAUAUUCACUAGUGGAUGUGUUGGUGGUUGUAAGAAAGGCAAGCAUGGUUUCGUUGUCGAUCUCUCACAACAAUUCCUUAGACAAUUAUCCCAUGAUAACACCAAUGUAUUAAAUCAAACAGUCAUUCAACAGUGGGACGAGUUUUGUCGAAUCAAUGUAGAGUACAAUAAUAAGUGGUUAUCUUUAUUCAAUGAAAGUUAA